CUAAUGAGAGUUUUAUAACAAGACUAACCUUUAGAAUCUAAUUACCGUUCUGCCACUCUUCUUUUUAUUUUCUCUCAGCUUCGAGUUUCUCGGUGCAAGCUUUUGUUGCUUUCUGCCUGAUGGAAGGGCCGUAGAUUUUCUCUCUCAUCUCGCUGAUUCUGCUUUACUUUCUUUGCUGUUCGUGCAUUUUCUUGUAAUUUCUCUCUGUUGAUUGAUCUCCUUCACUUUCUAUUUUUCAUUAUCAGUCUGAUGUCUCGACCACCGCCGGCUAUAGAGGAGGAUGGGCCGAGCAAUGUCUCCUUAGUAGCCUCUUCAUCCUCUGACUGUAUUACCCAAAAUGUUUCUGGGCUAAAAGAGCGCAACUAUCUGGGGUUAUCAGACUGUUCUUCGGUUGAUAGCUCUGCAGCCUCAAGCUUGGUAGAUGACAGAAAGAACAAACUUAAUUUGAGAGCUACUGAGUUGAGACUUGGUCUUCCAGGAUCCCUGUCUCCUGAAAGAGAUCCUGAGCUUUCUUUGCUUGGCUCUGGGAAGCUUGACGAGAAGCCACUGUUUCCAUUGCUUCCUCUGAAGGAUCGAAUCUGUGCUACGUUACAGAAGAAUGUUGUUUCAGGAAACAAAAGAGGGUUCUCUGACACCAUGGACAGAUUCUCAGAGGUGAAAAGUUCUGUUUAUACUGAAAAGAACUGGAUGCUUCAUGGAUCUGGGCCUGAUUCCGAAUCACCACAAUCUGUUGCACAAGGGAUGUUUCUAGGUAAUUCAGGCACGAAUCUGAAGCUUUCAUCCAGACCAUCUGGUACUCAGCAAGCCAUAAUGAAAGAGAUGACUCCAAAAGUAGUAGCUGAACGACCUUGUGCUGCUGAUGGAGCCCACCAUAACCAGGCAGCUGCAUCUAACAAUAGCAGUGCACCUGCUGCCAAGGCGCAGGUUGUUGGUUGGCCUCCUAUAAGAUCAUUCAGGAAGAAUACAUUGGCUACCACAUCAAAGAAUAAUGAUGAAGUUGAUGGAAAGCCUGGCCCAGGUGCUCUUUAUGUCAAGGUCAGCAUGGACGGUGCUCCAUAUUUGAGGAAGGUAGAUUUGAGAACUUACUCGAAUUAUGGAGAAUUAUCUUCUGCUCUUGAGAAGAUGUUCGGUUGCUUUACAAUUGGUCAAUGUGGAUCCCACGUUAUUCCUGGUAGGGAAAAGCUCAGUGAGAGCAAGCUGAAGGAUCUUCUGCAUGGUUCAGAAUAUGUGCUUACAUAUGAAGACAAGGAUAAUGACUGGAUGCUUGUUGGGGAUGUGCCAUGGGACAUGUUUAUAGAUUCAUGCAAGAGGCUGAAGAUAAUGAAGAGCUCUGAUGCUAUUGGCUUAGCACCAAGAGCAAUGGAGAAAUCCAAUAACGGAGACUAGAAGGCUCCUGGGGAACACGGCAGCUUUAAAGUGGUUGAAGGAAAAUGUGUGAUAGAAUGGGUUUUUUGUGAUAUGUCGUCUUAGUACAUGAAGUUGGCAUAACGAAAAGUUUAAGAUUAUAAUGAUGAUUGUUGGUUGAGAAAAUUAUUACGGUAGUAAUUGUGAAGUUAACCUGAAUUGUUUUAACUGGAUGAACGAGUUUUAAUUUUUGUGAAUGUUGGAUUACGUUAUCAGUCUUA